AUGGCGCCGUACAGAAAGGAGUCUAAGGUUUCUGCUGAUGAAGAAUUUCUGAUGGGAAGAGCACUUAUGAAUAACGACGUGGAGUCGUUUAGUUUGAUGCUCAAGACAGUUGAUUUUGAUAUAAAUGAACCGUGCAUGGAUGGGUACUACAUGCUACAUCGCGCUGCUUCGGCUGGUAGCGCAACUUGUCUGAAGUAUUUGAUAAAAAAAGGCGCAGAUGUGAAUGUCACAGACAUCAAUGGACUUACACCGCUGGAUCUGGCGGUCCUGGAAGGGGAGUUUGACUGCGCUACUUAUUUGAUUCGUAGCGGUGCGUGCAUCAAUAAUAUCAAGAAUGGAUGGAAAGUGACGAGUCCAGGAACAAAGCCUCUUCUCGCAAAGUUAGUACAGAGAAAAUCAAGUACGUAA